CUGUUCUACCCCCUCACUUGAGUCCUAACCCUAGCCCUUACUCUACCCUAACAAUAACCUCAGCUUCGCUCUUGACCUACUGGUCUCAUUAUUCGUAAAAUAAAAUGGAUGUACUGGUUGCAAUAAGAUUUUUUUGAAAUGCUAUAGAUGAGAUUAACAUCACCGGCAAGCAGCUUCUAAAGAAUCACCGAUGACGUCAUCUGGCACUUGUGACAUCUGAGUCAUCUUGCUUCCGCGUCCCCACCAUCGAGGAGCAAUUGCGAAGCUCUUAAGACUUCAUAUCAUCAAACACGAAUCGCCGAAGUAGCGAUAAGUCUGUACAGCACAGCCUAACAGUUCUUUCAGCAAUUCAUCAUCGGAUUUUACACAAUGGACCCUAACAAUCCCCUCGCGGAUCGUGAGAAGGCUUUGGAGAACGAAUACAUCAAGAAGAAGGAGCAGCAGAUGGCUAAAGACAGAGCCAUGCACACCAAGGCUGCCAAGGACAAGUCUACUCAGACGGAACCUGCUAAGGGGACCCAAAGCUGAGGGAUGGGGGCAGACUAGGCGAACAUCAUUCUAAAAAGAUUACCAAGCACAGACUGCAGCGAAAAUAUACUAUAAAUACUGCUGGGCAUGCAAUGAAUACUUCACAUGGCUUUCUUGGGACUGAAUUCGCUCGCUUCUUUUGCUGGUAACGCCAGCACGUGCAAUACAGCAUCAUUAUGAGCUGGAGACAUCCUCUUCAUGGAAGAGCCUAGGUUUGAUAUAAUGAUCCUGUUAAUUCCAUC